CAUUCUACUUCUACACUUCUUCUCAGAAACCCACCAGAUUAGGACCCAACUGAGCACUUUUACAGUCGAGAAAAAACACCCUAGCACACUCUCUUACUCGCCAUCACCUACACACAUGGAACACUGGUCAGCCACGGAUUGUUAUUGAUUUCACUGGGAUUGAUACCGGUACUUAUCUUGAAGUUCAUUUUGGGGGCAGCUGAUUAGUCUGUGUUUAUAAUAAUUUCCGAUGGGGGAGAUUAUUGGGCCAAGAAUGUACAGCUGCUGUAAUUGCAGAAACCAUGUUGCCCUUCAUGAUGAUGUCAUUUCCAAGUCUUUUCAGGGAAGAAAUGGUAGAGCGUUUCUGUUCUCUCAUGCCAUGAACAUUGUGGUUGGGCCUAAGGAGGACCGGCAACUCAUGACUGGUCUGCACACGGUUGCUGACGUUUACUGCAGCGACUGCCAGGAGGUGUUAGGCUGGAAGUAUGAACGAGCUUAUGAGGAAACUCAAAAGUAUAAGGAAGGGAAAUUCAUUCUUGAGAAAUCAAAAAUAGCCAAGGAAAAUUGGUAGUACCUACCUAAGAUGAUUUCUUGCUUAUUAGUCUCCUGAAUUCAGAUCGUGUGGAGCAUGGAUGAUCCUUUCAAGUGUUUAUAUUAGCUGCAAUAUUCUCCUGCAUUAGUCUUUUGUUUCCUGUGUAGAUGUUGUAAUGAAAGUCAUUGGUUUUGUUAAUGAGAUUGUGAAUAAAGAUUUACAAAUCUUGGAUGAUGACCAGAUGUUUUAGCUUUUGUUUUGUCCUUGUGAAAUAAAAUUGAGUAUCAAGUUUUGAGUA